AUGAAAUUACUAAAACAGAAAGAACUGGAACUACUAAAAAAAGAAAAAAAAGUUGCAUUAGCUCAAUUAAAUAGAACAAAAGAAAAGAAAAAAACUUUCAACGAACAAAGAAUUAAUACACAAACAUAUCGUCAUAUUUUUAUUAAACUAUCUGAACAAAAUACUCUAUUACAAGAAAUAUUAGCUGCUGAACGAAUCAAUACAGAUGAUAUUCAAUUUUGUCCUGAAUGUCAUAUACCAAUCGAAAAGAAUGGUGGUUGUUCACAUAUGCAUUGUACACGAUGUAAUUUCGAUUUUACAUGGCAAACAACACAAGAACCAACACAAACAGUUAUUACUCCAUAUUUGGAACGUAAUGAUUCCACAGAAAUUGAAUCUAUAAAAGAAGAACUCAACAAAGUAGCAUACUUAUGUUAG